ACCACAGAUUAAUGCCAACAAGGCGUUACAGUUAAAGUUAGUGUAUUAUUAUAUCAAAACACAGAAAAUAAAAUGACAUUCGUGUCUAAGUGCUUUCAUAUGAAAUUAAACAUCAGUGCUUUGUUACAAUGAUUUUGCAGUCAAACUCAAAAGCAUACAUGUGUUGUGUUCUGCAGCUAUGAGUGCAUUUUAAUUUUAACAGCAUAUUCUUGUAAAUGUCAUAAAAAGACAUAACAGAUAUAUACUCUACAUGUUAGUGUUUAAACUUCUUUUAAAUAAAAAAAAAAUAUAUAUAUGUAUAUACUGUAUAUACUAAAAUUCAUUUGGGGAUCAUUUUAAAGGUUAAACUAAAAAAAAAAAGUGUUCUUCCUGCAGAUUUGCAUUAGCUUUCAUUACCCUGUGACAGAAGGUAUAACGGAUGACUGGCCUGGAUAUUCAGCUUCCAAUAGUUUGGAAGAGCUUCUCCGAAACAUGGAUAUUUAUCCACACAUACAUCAACAGACGUAUGUUACAAAAUAAACUACAUUUUAAAAGCUUAAAAAGGUAAAAAGCUUCAGUAAGGCAUUAUCUUCACUCUUUGUUCAGCUUCAUAUUCAUUUACAGUGUCCUCUCUAGGUCUACUGCCCAUGUAACAUGGUUGGACACAGUUAUAACAGACGAAUAAAAUCACUGUGGUGGCACAUCAGAGUCCGGGCAGAUCUCUCUGGCCACACCAUGGAUGCUUUUCCUUUUCUUCCAGUGCAAGUGUCUGUAGAUGGAGUCAAAAACUGCCACCGUGUAGUGUGCAAACAGGCUUGUCCACUUCACUGCAUCCACCAUCCACUGCACUGAGCGUCCAGCAAAUGCCACAAACACUGUGGUGUAGUGUGCCAGCAGCAAAAGGCUCCUCCCCAACUGCUUGCAAUGGUUGAUGAGCAGGUGGACUCUUUGAUCAUGCCUUACCAUUAUUAUAAUUUGCUCUGUAUUGCUCUACAAACAGAUAUGAUUUUUUUUUAAUACCAGUCUUCGUUUUCUUAGUGUAUAUGUUUAUGUAGAUACUCCCCGACGAGCAGUAGGCGCUUGUAAAUUUGCACACAGUCCCUUACACACGUAGCUCCCGGUCGUCCAAUCAGAGCAGAGGAAGUUUUGUUUCCGGGAAUGUUUGGUGAUGUGGCUCUGCUCUGAAAUCCAUCCGAGGAAAUAUAUCAAAUAAAAACCAGACACAUUUACCUGGAAAGCACUCGUACAGUGCCAUCUUUAUGUUAAGCCGUCUGGCCACAGUCCUCCAGGAGCUCUCUGGAGAGGAGGGCCAAGAUGGAGAACAGCAGGGCACGCUAGUGCCUCAGCUCCCUUCUGAUGACGGUCAGGCUCCAAUGGGGUCAGAGGUACCUGAGGAGGCCAUGGAGAGGCUGGCCCACCUGGAACAACUGGUGGUCCAACUGAAGGAGCUCAUCCGAGACAAAGAUACCCAGCUCCUCCAAAAGGACACUGAGCUGACCAACAAAGAUGCUCAGCUUAAGAACGAGAGAGAAGAAGCUGAGGCCCGUUUCACCAAACUCAAGCUGCAGGCCAAAGCCAAGAUGGCGUCGCUCACAAAACAGAUAACUGAGCUAAAAGGACAAGAAGGCACAACACAGAGUCCAGACAGCUCUUUCACUGGAGCCGGCGCUGCAGUCGAAGAGGAGCUCCAGGAGCUGAAGAAGAAGCUGAGCGAGGAGGAAGCCAGGAGCCGGGAGCUUGAAGAGCGACUUCUGGCCUCUGAGCAGCUACUACAAGAGAAGGAGGUUGCCCAUGCUGAACAGCUGCAGAAACUGCAGGCGGUGGUCUGUGAGAAGGACGUGCGUUUCCAGGAACAGAUUCAGAAACAUGAAGAGGAGCUGCUGAAGGCAACCGUGCAGUCUCAGGAUGAGGGCAAGCUUCAGAAGGCCCUGCAUGCAGCUCAGCAGCGCUGUGAGGAGCUCGAAGAGGCCCUGAUGUCUCGUGCAGGAGAGCUGGAAAUGCUGCAGCAGGAAGUGAGCAGUGCUGAUCAGCAGAAACAGAUCCUGACUGGUCAGUUCCGGCAGAUGGAGCAGGAGCUGGCGGAGGCCGCCAAGCUGAGGGAGGAGGAGAAGCAGCAGUGGGCCGAACAGGCGAGCAGGGCUGAUGCAGAACUCGCGGGUCUUCGAGCCAGCCUGGAGGCCCUGGAAAGAGAGAGAAUGGAGGUGGUGAAGCAGGAGAGCGAGCUGGCCUCCCUGAGAGAAGCAGAGCGUGCGAGUCAGGAGGCGCUGGAGAAGGAGAAGAUGGAAGUCGCCAGAUUGCAGGCAGAGCUAACUGUGAUGAAAGAAGCUGAGCUUGUAGCCACACAAACAAGUGAGAGAGACAGGGUGGAAAUCGCUCGGCUUGAAGGGGAGCUUUCGUCAGUGACAGAGGCAGAGUCUGCAGCUGUCCACGCCAGGCAGGACGCCUCGGAGAGGGAGAAAUCUGAAGUGGAAAAAUUGGAGAAAGAACUUGCUUCCCUCAGGGAAGAGCAGGAAGAUAUGCAGAAGAAGGGCGAGCUCUUCACUGAAAUCUGGAAGCUUCUACAUUCUCUGGCUGAAGAAAAUGUGAGCGAGGAGAUCCCUGUCCCCGUUGACCCGUCUCAUCUCCUGGGCACCGUGCACUCCAUCGAAGCACAAAUGACGAGACUGAAAGACAAAUGCAGUGCAAGUGAGGAACAAUGUGCCCACCUCACUCACAGCAUGGAAACUCUGCAGGAACAACUUGAAAGAAAAACUACAGAACAGGAGGAGACCAACACUAAGAUACAGCAGCUGGAGCAGCAAAUUGUAACUAUGUCGGAGAGACAAGAAGCGGCUGAACCAACACAGGAUUCAUCUGAAGCUGAAAAAGCACACAUACUGGCCCUGGAACAGCAGCUGCUGGAAAAAGACAACGAGCUGGUUGUUUUGCGAGAAUCCCUCAUACUUGCUAAUAAGCAAAGCUUAAGUGAGCUUUCACCAAAUGAAAACUGUGAUCAGACCCCAGAUCAGGUUGAGGAUGCUGUUACGGCUCCCCUCGAUAGCUCUGCAGCCCUUUCUGACUUCAUGGCAGACACCCAAGAAGAAGAGAGCACUUUAGUUGCUGGGGACACCUCUGUUCUCUCCAUUUCUGCUGAGAAUCAGAGCAGUCCAGAGCUAAUAGGAAACCAGUCAGAUUCCCCAGAGGAAUCCAAAGGCACCUCAUCCGAUGAAAUGGUCGCCAGUAGUGAUUCAGAGGUGGCUCACAGCAGCUGGACACUCCUGGAAGCUGUGAAUCAAGAUGGAGGUCAAGAAUGGCCCUCCAUCGUCCAGGACUUUGGUCAGUCGUGGGUGGCGACAGGCAUGGAGCAAGAAACCACCACAGUUCAAGUCGAGUCCUCAUCUGUCGUCAUCAGAGAGACAGUUCAGGUUCAUGUAAGUCAGCAGAGUUCUUCCUCCUUGUCCCAUGAAGCCAGUGCUCACUCUGGCCAGGUCUUCGCUCAGGCCUUAGCUGAGGAGCUCCAAAAGAGGUACAGUGAACUUCUGGCUGAGCUGCAGAGGCUCAGAGAGACAGCUGCAGAGUCACAGGAGAAAAUAAAGAGUCUGGAAGAGGAAACAGAAUCCCUAAGUGCUGCUAAAGAAGAGGCUGAGUCCAAGGCUGCGAGUUUAGCAGAGGAGCUCGGUUCAGCCAGAGAGGAGCUAGAUAAACAUUCCCAGGAAAGCAGCUCUGUAGCGAAGAAGCAGAGCGUUGAAUUUCAGCUUCUUGAAGAACAGAUAGACAUUUUAAACACUGAGAAUAAAACCAAGGAAGACCGAUUUCAGGCUUUGCAGACAGCUCUGGAAACGGCCCAACAUGCUCUCUCUGAGCAGGAGGGUCAGGUUAGGAUGCUCAGCACUCAGCUCGAGGAAAGAGAACUCCUCGCCUCUGAGCUGGAGAGGAGGCUUCAAGACAUGGAAAGCAGCAUGUUGGAAUACUCCCAGACAUCAGAUCUCAACACUGAGUCUUUGUCAAAGAAGGACUCUGAGAUUAGCGAGUUACAGCUUCGUCUCAAUCAGAAAGAGCAGGAGAUGCUGGAGCUCAAUGACAGCAUGUCUGCUAGACUCCUUCAAGCAGAAGAAGAGAAGUUCCAGAUUGACAGUGAGAUGAACAAACUGAAGGAGAAGAUGGAAGAACUUCAGAAGGUUAAAGAGGAGGAGAAACAGCAAGAGACCACUGAAGACUCACCUGUCCUUGUAGACGAUGAAGUUGCUUGCUUACGGCAGGAGAAAGAAGUCAUGGAAAAGCAGCUGACAAACACAAAGAAGAAGCUGCAGGCAGCACUUGUGCAGAGAAAAGAGCUCAUGAAGAAGGUUUCUGACUUUGAGGCAGAAGCGAAGAAAUGGAGCAAGAGGGAUGAGGCAGCAACGGGAGAAAUUCCUGAAAAGUCAGAAGGACACAAGAUUGAGGAGAUGGAGGUAAAACUUGUGGAGCUCGAGCAAGCUUUAAGAUCCAAAGAGGAGGCAGUUGAGAGUCUUGAGCAAAAAAUAACAAAGCAGGACCAAGUUCUCGCUGAGACUCUGGCUUUGAAUAGAAAGCUAAGUGAAGAAGCUGAGAUUUCUCCUGAAACAACCGCAUUACAAUCUCAGGUGACGUAUCUCGAAGCAGAGUGUGAAACGCUGCAGAAGAAGCUUCAAGAGGUGCAAGAGUCUCGCAAAGAAACUAUCCGUAAGGCAAAGGAAAAAGACCGGCACCAUCGCGAACAGCUCAAGCAGCAGAAAGAGGAAUACAGUGGCCUUAUGGAGCGUUUUGAGGUCCAGAGCAGUGAACAGAAAGUUCUUCUCACUAAACUGAGAGAACUAGAAGGAAAGGUGAGUGAUGAAAGAGAAGAUCCGACUCCUCAAGAACCAAAACACAGGGUGGAAAACAUGGAAAAGCCUUCGGGAAAUGUUUGGGUCCAGGAGGACUGGGUUGAUUUUGCUUCACCUGAGACUGAUUCAUCACAACCGCAGUCCAGCGAUCCAUGUCAGCCUACGUCUGAGGUCCUCUCUGAACAAAUGGAGGAUUCUCUGAAAACUCUCAGAGAGGAGAUCCAGACUCUACGGACAGCAGGUGAGGAACUCGAGAAGCAGCUGCAGGAAACCCAGGCCAGCCUGUUGCAGAAGGAUACUGAGUUAUUGGAAGUGGGCAAAGAGCUGCAAGCACUCAGAGAAAAGGAAAGGCAGAUUGAUGCACUUUCUGCAGAAGUUGAUGACCUCAGAGAGAAGUAUCGCCAAGCCGAGUCUCACGCUGAAGCCCUAAAAGCAGAAAUGGACGCUGCAGCCAAAGCAGCAGCCGCAGAGUCCUCGUCUUCAGUCGCAGCUCUUCAGGAUGAAGUCGACAGCUUCAAGCAGUUUCUCGACAACAAGAAUGUCGAGAUAAUGGAGCUCAGUCAGCAGCUGAGUGAGCAGAACAUACUUAUAAAUUCUAUGCAAGACACAGUGGCCCAGAAGGAUCAGCUGAUAGCUUCAUUACAGGAUGAGCUGAAGGCCGAAAAGGAAAAGUCACACAAGUUAGAGGUUGAGGUUCCACAGAAGCAAGAAGAGGACAAAGACAGCGAGGAGAAAAUCCAGCAGCUUCAACGAAAGCUUCAGGCUGCUCUGAUCUCUCGCAAAGAGGCUCUUAAAGAGAACAAAACCCAGAAGGAGCAGCUCGCUUCGACCGAGAAGGUUAUAACUGAGCUACAGCAGAAAAUUGAAUCUGCUGAAGAUGAGCUGGAGAAGCUGAGAGCUGAAAGAGUUCGACUGAUUGAAGAGGUUGACCGGACAUUAUUGGAGAACCAAAGUUUAGGAUCCUCGUGCGAGAGCCUCAAGCUGGCAAUGGAAGGUGUACUCAAUGAGAAAGAUGCCUGCAAGAGAGAAGUGGAGCUGGCAAAAGAAGAAGCGGCCAGAACAUGCAGAGGAUGGGAGGAAAAGGUUCAGACCAUGAAGGAUGAGUACGAGACACUUCUCAAAUCUUAUGAAAAUGUGAGCGAUGAGGCGGAGAGAGUGAGACGAGUCCUGGAAGCUGCGAGGCAGGAGAGACAGGAGCUGGCGGCAAAAGUCAGGACUCAUGAGACGGCAAGGCAGGAAGCUGAAAGACAAGUGGAGGAAGCGCAGAAGGAGGUCAGUGCAGUGAAGGAUAAAAUGAGAAAGUUUGCCAAAACAAAGCAGCAGAAAAUUUUAGAGUUGGAGGAAGAGAACGAGAGGCUCAGAGAGAUCCAAGAAAAGCCGUCAAUAAAACAAGAAGACAGAGCUCCUGGGGAUGAACUUGAGCAGCUUCAAGAGGAGCUGAGAGCUUUGAAAGCUGAGCUACAUGCUACAGUGGCAGAAAGAGACUCUUUAGGGCAGCGGAUUGAAGGUCUGAGGGAAGAACUUGCCCAAAUGAGAGAAAAGGAAGAGGUUGUCAGUGCCCAGAAAUCAGAUGCAAGUACGAUGACAACAGAGCCUGCUGAGAUUCAGAAUGAGGACAAAGAAAAACCAGUAACGCCAGAAGAGAUUCAAGAUGACCAAAUAGUGGCAGCAACUGCAAAAGAAACCCAUUCGCAACCUGUCGAAGAAAAUGAAAAAGCAGAAAUGAGUGAAAAAGCUCAGAUGCUACUGGAAAAUAAAAUGAGGGAGGUCGAGGCUGCUUUCACCACUGAGCGGGAACAAUGGCAGGAGCGAGAAGCUGAGCUCAAAGCUGAACUGGCCUCUCUCGAGCGACAUCUCCAGGAGAGUAAGGAGAAGGAGAGCCUCUCAGUCUCCUUAGAGAAGUGCCUUGAAGAGAGCAAAGAAAGAGAAAAGAGUCUGAUUGAAGAGGCUUCAAAGAGGGAAACCCAGUUCAAAGAACUCCUCAGAAGUCUUGAAGCCGAAAAAGAUAAUCUGGAGGAGCGUCUGAUGAACCAGCUGGCUCAGCUCAAUGGAAGCAUCGCUGGCUACCAGCAGGAGGCAGCUGAGAACCGGGAGCACCUCACCGAGCUGCAGCGGGAGCUCGAAAGGUUAGAGAGGGAAAGAGCCGAACUCGAAGCUGAGGCUCGGAGCGAGAAAGACCGAGCUGCCAGGCUGGAAGAGGACAUGAGGCAGGCCCAGCGGGAAAGAGCUGAGGCCGAAGCAGAGUCUGGUAAGCAGAGGGAGCUGGAGCAACAGCUGAGGUCUGCUCAGAGGGUCAAAGAAGGCAGCCAGAGCAGAGCACGACAGCUGGAAGAACUGCUGAGGGAGAAACAGCUGGAAGUCCGUCAACUGCAAAAAGACUGCAUCCAGUACCAGGAGAGGAUCAGCGAAUUGGGAAGAGAAGCAAAGGCGCUGCAGAUAGGUCACAGUGAGCUCUGCAACAAACUGGAAAAGUCCCAGCUGGAGGCCUCCAAAACUCUAGAGAACCUGAAAAGAACUGAAGCAGAGGUUGCUAGUAAUAAAUCCCAACUAGAUGAGGCCCAGAAACAGGCGAGCGAGGCAUUAGCUGCCAAAAAGACCAUUGAACAGAGCAUCCAGCAGAGAGAGGCUGCUCUAAAAGCUGAAGCAGAGGAAACCCUGGACUCUGUGAGAUUCAGGCUGGGAGCUGAGCUGAAGGAGAUGGAGCUGAGACUGGAGGAGGCUUAUAGAGAAAGGGAGAAGGAGGAGGAAGCUACUCUGGAGGCCAGAGAGAUAGCAGAAGACCUUGAGAGAAGAGCCCAGGAGACGCAGGCUCGUCUGGAUGAGUCUCUGGCCAGGUUAGCUGCCUUCUCACGCUGCAUGUCCUCCCUGCAAGAUGACCGGGACCGAGUUGUGGACGAGGCCCGGCAGUGGGAGAGUCGCUUUAAUGGUGCCCUGCAGGCGAAGGAGGCUGAAGUUCGAGAGGCUGAAACACGUGCCAAAGGCCUCACGGAACAGCUUCAGAAAGAAACAGCACUGAAAGAGGAACUGCAAGUCACAGUUGAAAGGUUAGAGAAAGCAGACAAGGAUUGGCAGCUAAGAUUGGAAGAAAGGGGGAAGAAAAUCACAGAGACCCAAACUGCUCUGGAGGAGGAGAAGAAGAAGCUUCAGCAAACCGCAGCUGAAUUGGAGUCUGCACAAAGUGAAGCUCACACCUUGAAAAAUGAAAUGGAGAGUCUUCAUCAGAGACAUCAGGCUCUGGAGGAGGCCGUGGGUAGGCUCCAGGGCGAUGUCGAACAGGCCAGGUUGGAGCUACAGGAGAGGGAAGCAGAGGAGAGACGACUUUGUCUGAAUGUGGAGCAGCUGGAGACGGACCUGCGAUCCUCCAAAGCGCUGACAGAGACCUUACAGGCUGAGUUAAAUGAGAAGGAAAGGAGAGAAGUGGAAAUGCUUGGAGAGCAGGAGCAGGCUGUUGCUCAGGCUGCAGACGAGGCAAGGAAAGAGGCCGACAGCAGGGCACGAGAAGCUGAGGAGGAGCUCGAGCAGAGAAGAGGAGAAGUGCGUGAUCUGGAGGAAAAGCUGCGAAAAGCUGAGGAAGAGAGCAACAACAGAAAAGCCAGGCUGGACUCUUUCACAAAGGCAAUGGGCUCCCUGCAGGACGACAGAGACAGAGUCCUCAACAUGUACAAGCAGCUGGAAGAGAAACACUUACAGGUGAUGAUGGAGAAGGAUGGUUUAAUCCAAGAGGCGGCAGGAGAGAAUAACAGCCUUAAGGAGGAGCUGCGCUCUCUGCUGGUCCAGAGAGACGACUUGUAUGCUGAAAGGGCCCAGCUGUCUGCUCAGCUUUAUGGAUAUCGAGAUGAACUUAAACAGGUUUUAAGCAUGAAGGACUCCCAACACAAACAGCUUUUGGCAGCCCAGAGGCAGCGUAUUGUAUCUUUAGAAAAGGAACGAGAGGAGUUGGAAAGUCAGUUAAAGAGCCUCAGCACAGUCAAAGAGACCGAAGUGGUGCACAAGGUCGAGAGCGAGACUCUUAGUCAGGCAUCUGAGAGGAGGCCUGCAUCACAGGUGAUGGAUGCACCUGGUGCAGAAGUUGAGAAGCUUAGGGAGCAGCUGCAGGCAGCAAGAGAGCAGGGGGCGGCUUUGGAAGAGACUUUACAUAGAGAGAGGAAAGAGCACGAGAGCAAGAGCAAAGAGCUAGCAGAGCUGCGAUGGGAGGGAGGGGUGAUGCGGACAGAGUCAGAGAGCGCUCAGGAGAGGGUGGCGGAGCUGGCCCGAGACCUGCUGGCUGUUGAACAGAAGCUGCUGGAGGAGAAAGAGGUGACAGAGAAGCUGAGACAGGAGAAUCAGUCGUUCUCUAAAGCCAUGGCUUCCCUCCAGGACAGCAGGGACGAGGCAGUGAACAAGGUCCAAGAACUGAACCACAAACUGGAGGAGAUGAGCAAGGCAGGGGGCCACACAGCACACAGCGGCUCUGCAGGCUCCACUGGAGAAGUGUGGGGUCUGAAGAACGCACUACAGGCCCUGCAGAAUGACAGGGAGAGGCUGCUGGAGCAGCUUAAAGCCCAGGAGUCUGAGCUGAAGAAGCAGAAGUCAGAGCUGGCUCGGCUGGGAGCAGGAGAGCUGAUUAAAGUCAGCCAGGAGCUGCUUGAGGAGAAGCAGAAGAGCGAAGACAUGCUGGGUGUCAUAACGCAGCUGGAGAACAUGGUGGAAAUGGGCAAGCAGGAAAUAGAAACACUCAGGCUUGAACGCAGUGAUUUGAUGGCUCAAGCGGAGCAGCUGAAGCAGCAGACUCUCGCCACGCUGUCAGAGAGGGACCAACAACUGAAGCAGCUCACCGCCAUGCUGGAAGAGACCCGGGUGCAUAAACCCAAACUCCAGCAGGAGCACUAUCAGAGAGAGGGCGCAGAGGUGCUCUCUAGCGCUCCUGGCGCCCCUCAGGAGCGCAGCAGCCUAAUCGAGAGCCACACCUACAUGGCUGAGGUCAAAGAGCUACAGCGGAGACUGGAUGAAGAGACGCAGCAGAGGAUGGCUGUCGAGGAACAGCUGAUGGCCACGCAAGACCGACUCAAACGCCACGGCCAGGCUAAAUGGCACUCUGCACUGGACGGGGAUUCCUCGGAGACUGCCGUUUUUAUCGAGCCGCCGGAAGGAGCUGUCACUCGAACCCGGAGAGGCGGUCCCGGUUUGAUGCGGAUGCUCCGAGUGGCCUUCUGCUCCCGUCAGCGCACGCCUCUGCUGCUCAGCCUCUACCUGCUCACUGUGCACGUCCUGCUGCUGCUGUGUCUGGGUGGAUACCUCUGAAACCAGCUCCCUUUAUAAUAAACCUGACAGAUAAGACGUGGGGAGAAACUGUAAUGUGACCCAAACCAUCGCUAUGAUUUAUAUUGUUACAGGAAUUAAUGAAUUAAAGAAGGGCACAAACAAACAAACGUUGCACUUUACAGAAGUUUACCUUUUAGCCAAAGCAUUUAGAUUCAUAAAGGGAGCGGAUACCUUCGAUUAUAACUGUUUGGUCCUAGUACAUUGAGUGUGAAUGGUGUCUUUUGAGCACCGAAGCAGAGGAGAAAUAAAGGGACCACAGCACAUAAAGAGUUUUAGGGGAAGAGUAGAUCCAGAGUUGUUUUAGGAGACCGUGUUCGUCUUGUGCCUUUACAUGUGGAUAAGCUGUGUGUAAAAGAGAAUGCAGUCUGUGAGUAUAACCUGAAAGGGUCACUUUAAGUUUAACAUUUUGGAAAGUGUGCUUUUUAGCUUUCUGGAAGAGUGUAGAGGCUCUGAAAUGACUCAAAUCUAAUCCCAGAGUUAGUGACUGAUGCCAAAGUCCUUCUAGACGAAAGCUAUGUUGAAACACAUCUGGGCACUUAUCUGAGCAUUAUCGAAAGCAUUAUUGAGGGGCAUGUCUGUCUGAUCAUUUAUAGCAUCUGUAUGCAAUCUAAAAUAAGGCUAACUUAUAGAAAAGGUGAAAUGGUUGUGGAACUUUCCUAUCAGCUGAUUAAAACCCCUCAUAUAUAUCUAAAUCUCUGUAUGUAAGUAGUAAAAACCCCACAGUGUAAUGACAGCUCUCUGUUUUGUAAGCUCUGAGCUGUUAAUAGCCAACCAGAGAGAAAGAAAGCUGUGACCAAGAACCAGAUGUUUUUAUUGAUCAGAUGAACCACAUGUAACCUGUUAAUUGCUAACUGCCUGCAGCGUAAACGCAGGGAUUUUGUGGAGCUAACUCCACCAGAAAGCGUUAAGCCUCUUUCUCCAAAUGCCGGCUCUUCUUUUACGAUGGCUUGAGGUUCAGGGCGUGCUCUUCUAGUCCAGUCUCUUCCUUAUCUGUUCGUUUCAUGCACAAAAAUGGAGCGCAGUGCAAUUUGAGUUACUUACACAUUCCUGUAUUAUGCUGUCCUUUCUUUCCUUUUUUCCUAAAUGGGACAUUAUAUUAAUAUUUGUACAUAUGAACAUGCGUCGUGUGGGGUUUUCCUCUUACAUGUCCAGUAUGAUUCCCACUCCAUGCUUCUGCUGCAGAUUUAGAUUGUUCACAGUUUGCUCUGUACUUUUGAUGGCAGAUGAAGAUGAAGUUGCCUUCAGGUGCAAUGUUACCACAGUGAGGAAGACUGCUGUGAUUUCUAAUGAUAUCCGUCCCAUUAUAUUAUGGACUUAACCGGAUGUAGCAUAACUUAUAUCGGAACCCUCACCCUCCUCACCCUCUGUUUAAUCAUUGUGUUGGUGAAACUCUUUACAUUGCUUCACACCUUAAACACACACCUGCAUUUGUAAAUAACUGUUGAAAGGGCUGUGUAGGAUAAUAAAGUGUCAUAAAGUGUUGGUGGUUUAGAAUCAGGUCUCUUCAAGAAUGGAUCCAUUUUCCUGUUAGACAGUGGGCGGUUUUUAAUUUACCCUGGUUUACCCUUUAUUUGGGCUUUGUUAGUUUUAAAUCACUUUCUUUACUUUUACAUUCAUAAAAUGAUUCUAAAUAAUUUGGUUAUUAUAUUGGAAAGCCUGUUUACUCGACCAUUAUCAUCUUCUUCUUCUUCUGAGAGA